GUCGCCUCGAGCCUUGUUCAUCCCGCCCUCGUCGUCGACCACUCCGUCCUCGCCAGCAUGUACUCCAGCUCGUCGUUCUCUCGACCAUCCUACUCGCACUCACAUUCGCACCCUGCGCAUCAGGGGUUCAGCGUGGCUGGCAUGUCAGGUUUGAGCGGUUCGAGCACACUACAGAGUCCCGGUUUGCGCGGCGGCGCGCUAGGCGGAGGCUCUCAUGGACUUGGGAGCAGUAGCUCCUUCGCAAGUGUAUCCUCUCUUGGCGAGUCAAGAAGUCAUUACCAGUCUGGUUAUAUCAUGUCCGUCACGCAGGGAAAUGGAUUACAACAAGGCGGACAACGCCACGACGAGACACCCAUAGUGCCAACAAAAGCGAAAUUGAGCCACUCUCUUGUUGGAGGCUCUGCCUCGGACUUUGGCAUGGACUCGAUGUUUGAAAGCUCAAGAUCAAGGCACAGACAUCGACAGCCACUUGCGGACGAGGAUGCUCCUCCGACCAACUCGGUGAAUGAUAUAAUCACGAGGUUUAUACUGACAACGGGCCUUCAAGGAAUGCUCACCAGUCCGGGUUUUGAGCCUUCAACGAGUCGCAACGCAUUCAUUCGUGCCGCCCAGCCCGCCACACCAAGAGCUAGUCAGACACCUCAAGCAGGCAGUGUCGCGCAGACGCUCCAUCUCGUUGUGUUCGGUUAUCCGCCGGACAAGUAUAGCUCCCUUGGGGAGACUACCGAAGCUGAACAGCAUCCUGACAUUUCCAACUGCUUCCGCAUUGGUUAUAAUGGAGAUGUAUUGAGUGGAAGCUGGAUGAUCGGUGUCAAGUGGGCGGACCCAGCACAAGCUGACAGUAUCCUUGGAUCGGCUUUCGUGCGGUCCGAGUAUGGCACACCUGGUUCACCUCCUAUCGCCACUUCCUCGCCCAAUAACGACGUCAUCAUGUCCUCGGCCACAUCCGCCAGUAUCUUCCCCUCUGCAUCCUCCCGUAUGAGUGUCGACGAGCCCGGCUUCGGGACUUCGACGCCAUCAGUAGGCACACCCAUUCGCCUCGCACCCUCUGCCGCGGCAUUCAGAAAACCUGGUGCCGGAUCUCCUAUCAAGGGUGUGCAGGGUCUGCCCGGUGCUGUCGGGCCUAGUCCGAGCAAAGGCAUGCUGGAGCAGGUCGGGGAUUUGAUAUUUGGGUGGUAGUCACCUUCGUACUGUUCUCGCUGGAGGUUCUUGCUCUCUACUUACUACGGUUUCAUCCCACGCCCUUCCAAUGUUCCUGGUUCAAUUGCAACUGCGCUACUCCAAACGCGCCCGGUCUUUGUUAGGUUCGAGUUCGAGAAACGUUCGACACAAACCCCGCACGUGAACGCGGCGUGGAGGUUCUUGAGCGAGCCGACGGUCUUUGUCACCUUUACCAGGCUUCAUUC